AUGGGGAGGACAUGGGGAGGACUUGGGGGACAAGGGGAGGACGGGGAGGACAUGGGGAGGACAUGGAGAGGACGGGGAGGACAUGGGGAGGACUUGGGGAGGACUUGGGGGACAAGGGGAGGACUUGGGGAGGACAAGAGAAGGACAUGGGGAGGACAUGGGGGACAUGGGGAGGACGGGGAACAUGGGGAGGACAUGGAGAGGACGGGGAGGACAUGGGGAGGACUUGGGGAGUACUUGGGGGACAAGGGGAGGACUUGGGGAGGACAAAAGAAGGACAUGGGGAGGACAAGAGAAGGACUUGGGGAGGACAAGAGAAGGACUUGGGAGGACAAGAGAAGGACAUGGGGAGGACAUGGGGGACAUGGGGAGGACGGGGAGGACAUGGGGAGGACAUGGAGAGGACAUGGGGAGGACAAGAGAAGGACAUGGGGAGGACAUGGAGAAGACAAGGAUGAGGAGGACAAGAGAAGGACUUGGGGAGGACAAGAGAAGGACUUGGGGAGGACAAGAGAAAGACUUGGGGAGGACAUGGGGAGGACAAGAGAAGGACUUGCAGAGGACAAGAGGAGGACAAGGGCAGGACAAAAGAAGGAGGAGAAAGGGGGGGAUAAGGUUCAGUGGUUGCCAUUCAAGCUCCUACUCUCGUGCGUCCAGAUUUGGCGCCACAUGCUAAAAUUAGCAUCAGCGUCACGUGCCCUGCUGACGUCAAACCUUGAUUAG